CUACAACAUUCGCUCCGAACCGCGAGUCUUGAAUUGAAUCUAGCGCGCAGCAAGCACUCCGUCGAAGUCGUCGCCAAAGAUGAGAAUAUCCGGAAGCUCCGAUUCCAGAUCCAGCUGCUCGACGAUGAAAACGACGAUCUAAACAACAAAUUGACCGACGAGGAAGCGCGUUCGGAUGUAUUGGAAACAGCUCUGGAUGAAGCACUAUCUCAGUUGGAGCAGCUCCAGUCUGAGAAAGAAGACCUUGAGAACGACAUACGCGCCAAGUCCCGGGAGUUCAACAGCGUUAAGGCUGAAUUAAAGGCGAUGGAGGGCGUUAGCACCGACUCUACGAAAGUCCUAACGGAGAAACUGGCCCUGUCUCGCGAGGUUGCUACGCUGAAACCGGAAGUGGAAUACCUGCGAACCCAGGUGGAGACGAACCAGGGAUUGCUUGCCGAAAAGCUCUCGCUACAACGCGAAUUGACCACCUUACAAGUCGAACUCGAAAAUGAAAAGCGCACAUCCGCACGGGCACUGGCUAGACAGGGGAAGAGCAAUGAGCAAGAUGAGGAGUUGAUCGCAGAAUUAGAGUCCCUCCGGAAGGACCUAGGCAAGCAGAAGCGCGAUCGCGAGCGGGCCGAGAAAGCCCUGCAAAAGUCCGAGGCCGCCCUAGAGAAAGCCCAGUCAGAUCUCGAAUCUCAGGAAUUGCGACAGCAGAAGGAGUCAAGCGCAAAGGCGGACAAGGCCCUAGCUGCCGAGUUAGAAACACUUCAGAAGGAUCUGGCUAAACAAAAACGCGAAUGCGAACGUGCCGAGAAAGCCUUGGAGAAAUCUGAACUCGCCCUAGAGAAAUGCAAGUCCGAUUUCCAGUCCCAGAAGCGUGCUACUGAGCUCGCGUUACAAAAGGUCGAAAGGGCCACUAACAACAGGGAAGACGAUCCCCAGGUUGACGAACUACGGAAAGAAUUGGCUCAGGAGAAAUUAGACCGCCAGAAACAGGAGAAGGAGUUCCACAAGGCUCAGGCCCAAGCAGAGGGCCACCAGGCUGUCCUCGAUGAGAAACUGAACGCUUUCCGAAACAAGCUAAAGUCAACCAAGGAGAAGCUCAAGGAAACAGAGGCCGAACUUCAGAGGCUCAAGGCUGAAGCUGCUACCCACCCGAUCGUCGAAAAGCCUGCAAAGAACCCCCGCAAGCGAAUGGCAGCCUCUGCCGACCCAGAUGCAACUAUCGGCACACCUGGCGAUGGUGUUCCCAUGAAGAGGACAAAACGAGCUGCUACUGCGGCUGUGGGUGACAAGUCGACCUUUUCAAUCACGCCCUUCCUGAACCGCACGACAAGCAUAGCACCCGAUAGCCCUCCACAAGAUGAUCCUAUAGUAGAAGAGGAUGCAGACGAAGAGGCUCCCGAAGCGACUCCCUCUGCACCUCCCAAGAAAGCGACCAAGAAAGCCGCCCAGCCCAGGGUUAAGCCAAUAGCAAAACCGCUUGCACCAGCAGCUUCAAGCAAAGCCAACGCAAACCCGCCUGCACGAAAGAAGGCACCCAUCUCUACUCUGGAGAAGGUCACCGAAGAAGUCACCGAAGUUGCGGAGGAGAACGCGGAAAAGCCUGUUUCUGCGCCAAUUACUACUAUCACAGAGAACACGGAGAAGAUCACGGUCCCUGCGGUUCCCGUACUUAAGCCUGCAUCUCGCCCCAAGAGCAAGCCUCGAAAGUCCCUCAUGUCCUUUGCUGCUUUCAAUGAGGAGCCAGCCCCUGAGAAGAAGAAAAAGCGCAAGCUGGGUAGCAGUGGCCUCGGCAAGACACUGUUUGAUGCUGAGGAAGACGAUCUCCCCGCGAAGCCGAUCCCAGGCAAGGGGCUUUUUGCAGCGCGAGCGCUUGGAAAGACCCUACUGGCUGGCAAGGGUGUCAAAGGACCGAUCAGUGGGGGUUUCAAGAUGAUGACGGAGGAUGGGUUCCAGUUCUCGCCUCUGAAGAAGGAUCGGAGGACCAAUAGGUAG